AUGAACCCGUUUUCCUCCCGACGCUCGAGCGGCGUCAACGCCAACGUCUCCUCCCCGAGAAGAAAGCAUAAAGACCAGCUAGGCAUGCUCGGUCUCGCCGACAACACGCGCAACAACACCGUCGCCGUGAUCGGCGAGUUCGUCGGCACCUUCCUCUUCCUCUUCUGGUCCUUUGUCGGCGCCCAGAUCUCCAACACGCCCAAGCCUCAAGAUGGCGCCCCCCCUAAUACAUCGAACUUGCUAUUUGUGUCGCUGUGUUUUGGCUUCUCCUUGACGGUGAAUGUCUGGGCGUUUUAUCGGAUCACGGGUGGGUUAUUUAACCCUUCGGUGACGCUUGCUUUGUUCCUCGUUGGGGGGCUGCCGGCUGUGAGAGCACUUCUCGUCUUCGUUGCUCAGCUACUUGGAGGGAUCUGUGCUGCGGCGGUGGUGUCUGCCCUCUUCCCGGGACCACUCACUGUGGAAACAUUGUUGGGCGGAGGAACGUCGAUAUCCCAGGGGCUGUUCAUCGAGAUGUUCCUGACGGCGCAGCUGGUGUUUGUGAUCAUCAUGCUCGCAGUGGUCAAGCACAAAUCGACGUUCCUUGCCCCUGUUGGAAUCGGUCUCGCUUUCUUCUUGACUGAACUUUGUGGCAUCUACUUCACUGGAGGUUCUCUCAAUUUUGCCCGCUCCCUUGGCCCGGCAGUCGUGAACCGCCACUUCCCAGGCUACUUCUGGAUCUACUUCGUCGGCCCGCUUCUCGGUUCCCUCCUCGCAGCGGGCUUCUAUAAACUGCUGAACGGCAUGCGCUACCAGACCUGCAACCCCGGCCAGGACUUAUGCGAAGAGGAGGUACCACAGCAGAGCGGUACCAUUCCUGGCCAUUAUGAGAACGGAAACCCCCCACUUAAGCACGCGCGGAAUGUCUCUGGGGCCACCGCGGUGGAUCAUGACGAGCGAACUGGUGGCCAAACAAUUCCGGUGCAGAAUGACAACUAUGCCAAUACGGAGUUGCGCCAGGAUGGGAUUUCGCCUCUUGGAAGCAGCACCUAUACGACUCCCGCAUACAACGGCAGCGCACCUGUCGUGCAGGCCGGGCAGGCCGGGUAUGCGGCUAGGGAGUACGUGUAAUGGUAGGCUUUUGAGGCGAGCCAUUUGAGAAGACCCUUAGAGGUGGCGAGGAGAAGUUGAGAGAGGGCGUGCAGCGGUGGAACGUAUGGUCGAGC